AUGGAACAUCUUUGUGCUGCCGAAGUUGUGUAUGGUGACGGAACCUUUUAUGUCUCACCAUCACUCUUCCUGCAGCUGUACACUCUCCAUGCUAUGGUUGGUGGUCAGAUGUUUCCGCUGGUCUUCUUCUUGCUGCCAGACAAGGCGACUGUUACUUACGACCGCGCCUUCCGUCUCCUGAAGGAAGCAGUGGAAGCAAGAGGACUUCAGAUGUCACCUCAACACAUCCAGAUGGACUUCGAAUCUGCAGCGAAGAAUGCCGUCUCCGUCAACUUCCCGACGACGCUGUGGAGGGGGUGUCUAUUCCACUACACACAGUGUGUGUGGAAGAAGACACAAGGGGUUGGCCUUCAGGGCGACUACAACCACGACGAAGACAUCACCCGCUUCGUAAGGCGUGCUGCUGUAUUGCCUUUGGUGCCCGUGACAGAUGUAGACGACGUGUUGCUGAACGCACUUGCAGACAUGCCUGACGACCCUCGCUCAACUCAAGACUAG